CAAGAUGUUGGUGAAAUGCCUUUUACUAUACCUUGCUGCAGUAGAUCCACCUUCUUUGGUAUCACCAAACGUGCACACGCGGACUAAGAGAUGUUCCUGUAGAAACUGGUUGGACAAGGAGUGUAUAUACUUUUGCCACCUGGAUAUUAUUUGGGUGAACACUGGAGGGCAAACUCUUCCUUAUGGUUUAGGAAGCCCACCAAGGCGCAGAAAAAGAACUCUGCCAAGGUGUCAUUGUAAGGAUGUAGGAGACAAGAACUGUGAUAUCUUCUGUCAUCUUGAACCCAGGUCCGUUGUUGCCAAUAAACUAGGAACAGUAGAAGAGGAACUUCCAGAAAAUCUUUUGCGAAAAGAGGCGAAAUCUCAAGCCAAACUCUUGCAUAUUCUACGUGAUGUUGUAGCAUACAAUGUGAAAUUUUCUCACUUCCGACGCAAUGCCUCCAGUUUCUCUUCUGUGCUGCCUUGGAACUCUGUAUCUUGGAAGAGGAAGAGAUAACAGCUCAUGGCAAUUGUGGUGAUGGCAAAAGAAAAGUCUUGAACAUAGUGGGGCUCCCACAGAACUGGAGACACAUGACAUGGCGUGUCUCUCACUUGUGAAGAAAAUCUAGUCUUUGAACAAAGACUCAUUAUGGCUGUUCAGCAACUUUUGUGAAGAGUAACGCAUUAGACAUUCGAGAGCAUAGAACACCUAGAUGGAGAGUGGUAUGAGCAUUUGUUCUCUUUGAAAAAAAGGUGAAGAUGGACAAUAAAGCAGAUGAUAUGUUGCAAUGGUCAAUAUCUUCAAUGGAAGCAUUACAGAGUGAUGCAUUUUAAAUUGCAUCAAAUUGCAAGAAAGGAUUGACAUUGGUAACAUUUGGGGUGGGUGCUUGAAUGAUUCUACUAGGUUGUCAAUGAUUGUUUUUUCCCAGACGAAUUUGGGGAUCCCUUAUUUAGACUUCAGUGCUGCUGAAGAACAUCCUUCCAUUGUUUACCUUUUGACUGAUAGAAAUUGGUCUUUCAAGCCACUGUAUACUUACUUGUAAGGUAAAUUUAGCAAAUCAGUGUGCAACAGAAAUUGAAAGAUAACUAUUUAGUUACAACAAUGACUUAUGGAACUCACUCACCUAAAGCUAUUAGGUUCAAAGGAAGACUAUAUAACUCUGUAUUUGGAUAAUUGGUAUUCAUCCUUUGCUUCAUUCACCAAUAUUAAUCCAAGAGAACAGGAGAAUGUGAUGAAUUGACUGGUAUCAAAGCUGAAUAUACCAUUACAGGAUACUGUUUGCUCCUGAUGUUGUUUAAUUAGCAAACAAUAUUACUAACCUAAAUAAGUUUAUUAUGUUGUUUAUCAUGUGCAGUGGACUGAUCAGUGUUUGUGAGUACACUAUUGAUCGUAAAUGAGUGGUCAGCUAGCUGGUGUGAAGACUAAAUUGUUAUUGGCAAGCUGGUUAUUGAGUGAGAUCUAGGUCCCAUGUACUUCUAGGUCUUGACUGAACUGGGAAGAAUAGGAAUGUAAAAAGGUCCAGCAUGUUGUAAUUACUGGCCAUUAAGAUAAUCAGAGUUAAAUAAAUAAAACCUGCAGAUUGGGAAUUGUAGUUAACAGCUGUAGCGCAUAUCAUGUCAUCAGACAUACGCUAGGCCAGAUCCAGGGUACCAAGUAUCAGGAUAAUUGAAGGAAAAGAUUGUAGAAAAAAAAAGAAGAAAUACAUUUUUUAAAUCCUAGGAAUGGUGAAACCGUGAAAAUAAUUAGGUGGUUUGGAGGGUUGCUCUCUAACAUUUCCUUUAGUUACCAAAUAAUACUGUUUACCUGUCUUCUGCAGGCCUACAAUAACACUGUGCCAAUUUUAACCUAUGUUAACUUAUUGUUCAUACAGGUAUUAUUUCAAAAUAAUAAUAUAAAAAACCCAAUAUAUGGUGCACCUAA